GCUUCGGGAAAGAGUCGCCUCCUCUCACUUCCCAGACUUUUACUCGUAGUCUGGACGUCUGUGGUACCGUUGUGCUCAUCACCAAGCUGGAAUAGCUGCUGUAGCUCUGUUUUGUCUGCCUGUGUGUCUCCCAUUCAGCAGUGUGCGUGCGAGUGUGUGUGUGUGUGGUGUGUGUGUGUGUGUGGUGUGUUUUGACGCCGCUGAGAGCUGCCACCGGUCUUCUUUCUCCUGUCAGGAUGUCUGCAGUACAAGAGCUGCUGCUGCUACUACCUCUGGCCCUCUUGGCGCUUCAAGCAUCUCUGUGCCAUGGAGCUUGCGUGGAGGUGGAUUCAGACACAGAGGCCGUGGCCAACGAGGGCUUCAAACUGGGCUGCAUCUCCUGUAAGAGGAGGGGCGAGGUGCCCGCCACAGCCAGCGUCCGCUGGUUCUUCAAGGCUUCUGAUGAGACUGUGUUCUCCCCUAUAUACAACUAUGAGGAUCUAGCGGCCGAAAUCACUGACUCACGUUUCUACGAUCGUCUGGACUGGAACGGCAGCAAACACACCAAGGACCUACAGGAUGGCUCCAUCUACAUCCUCAAUGUGACCUACAAUGACACAGGAACCUACCAGUGCAUAUUCUUCCGCACCCUCUUGUACCCCAACUACGAUUUUCCAAGCAACACCAGCAGGACUAUCAACAUUACCGUGGUGCCGCAACUCACCAGGGGAAUGGCAUCCAUCUUGUCUGAGGUAAUGAUGUAUGUCUCCAUCAUCGGGCUGCAGUUCUGGCUGGUGGUGGAGAUGAUUUACUGCUACAGGAAGAUCUCAGCAGCCGGAGAGGAAGCUCUGAGAGAGAGCGCGGCGGAGUAUUUAGCUAUAGCAUCAGAAAGUAAAGAUAACUGUGCAGGUGUACAAGUGGCAGAAUAGCACUGGUCAAGGAAGAAUUCAAGACGGCUGCCUUGAGAAAUCUCACAUCCACUUUCGUGCCCUCCUUUCCUCUCACCGUUACUCACCUCCCACCAUCCUCUCCACAUGAUGGAAAAAAGAGAACCACGGAGAGAAGAAAGAUCUCCGUAGAAAGAUUAUUUCAGUGACUUCCUGCAAAAAGGAUGAGAAGGACUGAACUGUAUCCCGUUCUGAGGGACAGGAUGGCUGCAUAGAGCCGUGAUUCAACGGGGACAGAGGGAGAGAGAAACUUGCACUGUAUAUAGGUGUACAAGUAUGCACAGAUAAUCUUUGAACACAUGUAUAGUAUAUCAUAGGCCUACAUUGUAUAAUCACUAUUUGCAUGCUUACGAGCCUCUGGAAACGCCUGACAACGUGCUCAAGAUGUUGUGUCGCGUGUUUUUAAGAGUUUUGAACCAGUUUAGUCACAUUUAAUUACACACAGUGUGUUGACAUCACAGUUCGACCAAUAUGGGUUUUAAAAGUCAAUUUUUGAACCAAACCCGUGUGAGCGUUUACUCUGCAGGUUUAUGAAGCUGUGGUGCAAAUAAAAGGCAGACUAAAUGAAAAGCAUAGAGGAAAAAUACCAAAUUGCAGGUCCAUCAUCUCAGCAGUGAACCACACAUCAGGCAGAUAUCUGAACUUUAACUCACUCAGAUUUAUCGGCUGAUAUAUUAUCUGACCAACACCCAAACUGACAACACUUCCAAACCUCUUCUUCUUCUUUUUAACAAACAGAAUUAGAGAGCAGACUUUAAAGAAGCAGAUGUGAAAAUGAGAGAUGAACUGUCACUUCUGGAGCAGUUGUGAAAGUCAGUGAGUUGUGAUUGCCGUCGCACAUCCGGUGAAAGUCGCUGUAUUCAGUAGUUUCUGCAGGUUUAAACACAACAACUCAGCAGCAAAGUGAUUGCCCAUUGCCUUCACACAUCUGCUCACCAAGAGAAAUGUUGUGAUCUGUGUACUCUUAGCUUGUCUCUAGCUCUCAGAUAAAGGGAAAUUCAGUCAUUAGACGCAGUAAAUUCUGAGGUUCAGUGUAAUAGAAAACAACAUAGAGCCAGACAUGUUUUUAAUGUUUCACACUGGCACUGAGAUAAGACUGUUUUAUCCUAGAUUCUCAGAUAUCACAGUGAUGUUUUUACUGUGUUUUCCAUGAUCCUGUGAGACUAGUGUUCAUUAAUCAGCUAUACAAGUGGGUUUUAGUACAGCAACAAUCUAAAGCUGGACUUCAGAGGAAUUCACGUCUGAAUAAAGUAGGACUGGCCUUUUCAGCACACCACCAACCUAUUUAAAUCGGGUAAACACAGCUGGCUCACUGCUGAUUUUAAUUAUGCUCUUCAAAACUGCUUGCAAGUUUUAGUGCUGGGGAAACCUCUCGCUGCAUUAAAAUUACAAAUGAGGCUAAAGUGUGACUUCCGUUCACAUAUGAGAAGAUGAUCAUACCAGAUCAAUUUGUAUCACAACGAAAAAUGCAGCUUUAAUAGUUUACCCUGGUGCGUUACAUGGAAGAGUCACUUUCAGGUGAAUCUGUCGACUGUGGAAAAUUUCCCACUGAUGUGUAAAUUCACACAAAUGUCUUAGUGUCUUUGUAGAAACUUAAGGGCUUGGCAUAUUGCUAUUAUCUAACUGCAGUGGGAAAAUGUUCCACAAAACCUGUCCAGUGUGCCUCCCAGAGUGAAGCCAGUGGAAACCAAAAGGGAAAAGCAAAGAGCUGAAGCCUUGUUACAAAUCUUUUAGUGUUUGUAAAAAGAAGAAAAAAAAAAAAACAAAACGAGAAAAAAAGCAGCUGUACUCGCUUCUCUCU